GUGAACGUAAUGAAAGGUGUGCUUGUUGAGUGGUAAGCCCUUAACUGAUAGACGCGUAGUAAUAGUAGUUUUGCUUUUGGUGUACUGUUCUGUUUUAUCAAGCAAUUGUCGUACUUAAAAAGACAAGUAGCCUUGUGAAAUGUCUCAGAUUGACGAGAUAUCUAGGCUUAUCCAGACUUGUAAAAACACCCUCGCGGGCUCCUCGAAGCUCGCGGCGAAGCUGAUGGAGGGCAACGACAGGAGAGAGCAGCUGAAGGAGUUCGAGAAGGUGAUGGCCGACCUGUGCUGGCUGGGCGAGGAACACAAGGACGUCUGCGGCGCGCUCGAGGAGGUGAAGAAGGCGUGCAAGGCCAGGCGUCGCAGCCAGCGGGAGGACGAGAACGCGAACGUGGAAGACGAUGAGAGAGGCGAGAACUUGUGGAGCCUGUACCGCGCGAAGCUGGCGGCCCUGCAGGGCGCCACGGACGUGUCGGAGCACCCGGACAUGAUGGCCUUCAAGACGAUGCUGCGCGAGGUGCUGUCCGACGACUUCUACGGCGCGGACGAGGAGGGGGACGUGGUCCUGACCGCAGUCGACGUGAUCGUGCACGACCCGUUCACGCGCCGCGUCAUGGUGGAGCCGGUGAGGAACGUCAAGUGCGGCCACAGCUACGAGCGCGCCUCCAUCGAGGCCAUGAUCAAGCAGGGGCCGACCAAGUGCCCGUACGUGUCCUGCCCCAACAGGACCGAGGUGCGUCUGGUGGACCUGGAGCCCGACGACAAACUGAAGAGGCACCUCGAGACGCUGACUGCUACCGCCGAAUCAGAAGCAGAUGACAGUAUAGUCAACACUGAUGACAUGUGAUUGUCUGAUUUGUGUGGCUUCAGGGACAGAAUGGCACAAGUGUUGUCUUUUCCAGCAGAUUUUGAGUUUCUCAACAUACAAUAAUCCAUGAACGUACACUCAAUUAAUUGGGUCGGAAUGAGAAGUGUUACAUGUUAGUGUGUCAUUAGGAAAUAAUGUAAGUGAUGCUUAGUUGUUUAUCAAUAUUAUUUUUAUGUGCAUCAUUGUCGUUCACAAAUAAAUGUUCAUCAAAUUCCAUUUUUGGUAUGAUUACAUUGGUUUCAAGUCUACUUAUACUUUUAGGUAAAUGAUGCAGAUUUUUUUAGAUUUCUUUCUCUAUCAAGCAGGGUGUCUACAAAUACCUGGUGAACCAACUUUGGAAUAAAUGUGGAGCAAAGUAACUAUUUCAUACAAAAAUAUUCAAACAUACAUUUACUUACUGUCUUGCCAUGUUUUCCAAUUGUGAUACUUAAAAGUAGUUAACCAUUUUAAUUGUGUUUAUAUUAGACUUGGUACAUUACAGGUAGCAUAAAUUUGUGAGAAUAGUUGGUUAGAUUAUUUUAGUUACAUUAAAAAUACUAUAAUAUAUAUAUAUAUAUGGGUGGUUAUUCAUGUUAGCUACAUUAAUUUAAACUAUUAUCCCUAUUUUACCAUACUUUAAAUGUUUCUAACUGAACUCUGUUUUGUAUUUUUUCCUGUGUUUAUAAUGUAGCUAACCUAACCACUAGUGAAAACUGUAGACUGCUGGUAAACAGUUUGAAAUAUCGAAACGCCUACUUAGCAAAUAAUUGGAUAACAUCUCGGGACAUAAAAAGAAUGUGUUAAUUUUUUUUUUAUGGUUAAGUUACUCUGCUCCAGAAUUACAGCACAAUUAAGCAUUAUACAAAAUAGAUUAUUUGCAGAGACGUCCAAAUUUUUUGUCUUAAAGCUACUUACUACCUUUUCAGAGAUAACUACCACUUGAUUUAAGUGAUAGCCUCUAUAUUUAAUGUGCUGAUGGAAACUAGCUCUGUGACUGUUUGUUUCGGACCGUGCGACUUGUGAUCAGCACUUCAGUUUGGUUUCUUCAUUAUCUGUUAACACACUGCCAAGAGAUUUUGUGCAAAAUUUUAAUUUUGGAAAGUUUAAAGAAAGUUUUUAUAUUAAUAUUUACUUAUUUUCAAUACAUGUAAUUUCACAAAUUUUUUUAUUCUUCAUAGCCCUUUACAGAAGCAUGUAUUUUAGAAUUAAAAACAUACUUUUGUGAGACUGCAUAAUUUAACAAUGCUAUUUACAUAUUUUUCAUUGAGACUAACCAAACCAAUCCAACUUUUUUCUCAAGUUAAAUUCGGCAGGAUUGUAUUUAUUUAGGCUUGUUGUAAGAACCAUUUAAAACUAAAGCAAUCCACACUAAAUAAUAUGUUAAAGAUAAAGAAGUACACAAAAUAACCCUAUUUUAUCAUUAUCUGCACAUUAACUCAGUAAUUGU